AUGACUGUCGCAACACUCCUUACUCAUCCGCUCCUCCUCUUCUUUGCCAACAUUAUCCUCACCAACCUGACCGCGGUUCAUACCACAACUCGCAACGCGCGACUUCUCGCUUUCGCCCUGAGCGUAUUUCUCUCUUACAUCGCACUAUCAAACUGGAAUGAACACGUCAAUACAACAGGCUGGGCAGGUCGCUUCCUCGCCAGUGGUUCUUUUACUAUGCCCAAUGUUAUAUUCGAUCGAUUCAUUAUUCGGAACUGGCAAUAUGGAAAAGACGACUUGAGAUGCAAGAGCAUCGGAAGAGAGAAUGAAAAGGAAGAAAAGAAACAAACAAAAUCGGAAUGGGGACAGGAGGUAGUCGGAAAUACUAGAUAUAUCGGUACUUCGCUGGAGGUUUCCAACGUUCCAUUCUUCAGUGCAAAGGAUCCUAUUCGUGGCCCGACGAGAUGGAGAUUUUGUUUGCAUCACGCUGCUAUAGUUGUCGCCUUGUAUUUUUUAAAUACGCUUGCUAUUGAUGGUCAACUAAAUGUGAAUCAGAAAUGGAUCGGUGAUGAAUAUAUUCCAUGGUUUGGAAUGAUGUUUGGUGACGGUAUCCUUAAUUUACGAGACCAAAUUAUCACGAGAAUCACCAUCAGUCUUCUUUACUGGGUGUGCCAAUUUUGUUAUCUUCAGUUUUUCUUCUCGGUCGCUGCGUUAUUGGAUGUUGGACUUGGUGGUGGGGAAGUGAGGCGGUGGAGACCUUUCUUUGGAGAAGUGAAACAUGCUUAUACGAUUAGAGGACUCUGGAGCAAAUCCUGGCACCAAAAUAUCCAACUCACCAUCAAAGGCCCCGCCGAAUUUAUCACCCAUAGUAUCCUCCAUAUUCCUCGAUCCACGCUCAUAGCUCGCUACCUCAAGGUAUUCCUUACAUUUGCGGUCUCAGGCGCGACUCAUGUGGCCGCAGAUUAUGGAAGUGGGAUCUACCCAGCACAAUCCGGUGCCAUGUCAUUUUUCUGUGCACAAGCUCUUGGUAUCAUGGUUGAAGAUGGGGUUCAAGAAAUUUGGAGAAUUAUGGGUGGAAAGAAGAACACUUUGUUGGGGAAGAUAAUUGGGUUUGCUUGGGUAUUGGCGUUCAUAUGUUGGUCUAGUCCGGUCUGGGCUUAUCCGUUUGCAAGAACGAUGCGGAGGGAGGAUAUGUUGCUGACUUUCGGAGCCUUGAAGCCGUUGUUGGUAGGGCUUAAGUUUUGGUGA